GAUGACCGCGGUAAAUAACGACUCUGCCAUCGCCCCCACUUUUCCUCCUGGACUGGAUUGACCUGGCAGUUAACAAUCUUCGCUCCUCCAAGGCUCUCUUUAGGUGCGGUGAUUCGUCCGUUUGAUACCGCUUUUCUCUUCGUUGAUGCGAGAUGGACCAGCAGCAGAGGAGCUCCUCCGGCUACUCCCACAGCCCUCGAUCUCCAUCCUCGCAACCUUACUUAUCAGUUUCCGUCACCGACCCCGUCAAGUUAGGCAAUGGCGUUCAGGCUUACAUCUCGUAUCGAGUCAUCACCAAGACGAAUCUGCCUGACUACCAAGGACCUGAAAAAAUUGUCAUUCGGCGGUACAGCGAUUUUGUAUGGUUACAUGAUCGUCUUUUUGAGAAGUAUAAAGGAGUUUUCAUUCCUCCUCUACCAGAGAAGAGUGCUGUAGAAAAGUUUCGCUUCAGCGCUGAAUUUAUUGAAAUGAGGCGUCAAGCAUUGGACGUAUUUGUUAACCGGAUAGCCUCUCACCAGGAACUUCAGAAAAGUGAGGAUCUGAAAACCUUUUUACAGGCAGAGGAAGAGGUGAUACUCUAUGUUAGUGGGUUAUAGACUAUUUAGUCUUCUAACAAGACAGUCCAACUUCGUUUAUAAUGUGUCCAAAUCUGAAAAUGUGCCAACUAAAUUUAUUUAAAAGAUGUGUACUAUUUCAGACAAUGGAAAGAUUAAGAGCUCACGAGUCGAGUUAUUUUAAGAAGAAGCCAGCAGACUUGUUGCAAAUAUUCAAGGAUGUGCAAUCUAGAGUGAGUGAUGUCGUGUUGGGGAAGGAAAAACCAGUUGAAGAAUCAAAUCCUGACUAUGAAAAGCUGAAGCAUUACAUCUUUGAGCUUGAAAACCACUUGGCUGAGGCUCAAAAACACGCAUAUCGGCUUGUGAAGCGCCACAGAGAAUUGGGACAAUCACUAUCGGAUUUCGGGAAGGCAGCUAAGCUACUUGGUGCUUGCGAAGCAGAUGGUCUUGGAAAAGCACUAACUGAGCUUGGGGCUAAAUCAGAGACAUUAUCAAUCCGGCUGCAGAAGGAAGCCCAUCAACUCCUAAUGAAUUUUGAAGAACCUUUGAAAGACUAUGUCCGUGCGGUGCAGUCAAUAAAGGCAACUAUUGCUGAAAGAGCCAAUGCCUUCAGGCAACAAUGUGAACUGGCUGAAACAAUGAAGUUGAAGGAGAUAAAUCUAGACAAGCUUAUGCUGACACGAUCCGACAGAGUGGGGGAAGCCGAAAUCGAGUACAGAGAGUUGAAGGAAGAUAGCGAAGAAGCUGCUAGAAGAUUUGAGAGCAUUGUCCGACUAAUGAAUGAAGAGAUUGUACGUUUCCAAGAUCAGAAGAUGAUCGACAUGGGAAGAGCAUUCCAUGAAUUUGCAAAGGGGCAGGCACGACUUGCUAAUAAUAUUGCAGAUGCUUGGCGAAGUCUCCUCCCUAAGCUUGAAGCUUGUUUCACAUAGUUUGCUCCAUUAUGCCUGUAACGUUAUUUUUCAUUUUGUAACAAUUAGUUGGUUUGUUAUAACUUUUACUUGUGUAUAGAAUCUCAACUCUAACCACAACUUAGUUUUAAUGAAUUGUAGACCAUGCAUAAAACAUUUUUCCUAUACUACAGCUUUUCUCCUUGUAUUGUGCUCUGUGGAUUUUGAGUGUUAAUUCCGACUUCCUUUUUCUUCUAAUUGUAAUGGCAAGACUUGUCUGAUUGAGUCAUAUAUAUCGAUGAUAAAGUUUGUACGAAAUUGUAUGGG